AUGGAAAUUUUGAUCGAAUAUGGAGUAAACGUUGAUGAAUGUGAUAUGCUUGGAAACUCUGCUCUUCACCUUACAAUCGAAUCAUGUCUUUCUCACACAGUAAAUGAUAAAUGCGUAGAAAUCGUACGUCUGCUAUUAAAACAGAAAGCAAAUGCCAACUUGAAAAACCAUGAACAAAUUACCCCAGUUCAUUUAGCAGCACAGACGAGAAAUACUCGUAUUCUAAAUCUCCUUUUACAGCAUGAUGGAAAAAGCAAGGAAAGAGAUUAUUACGGCUGGAAUCCCUUGCAUUAUGCCUGCAAAACUGGAUGUGUUGCUAACAUUAAAUGUUUGGUAGAAUAUGAAAAGAAUACAUUUUCUUUGAAUGAUAAAACCAAUUCAGGAGAAACUGCUUUGUUUAUUGCAUCAAAAUUUGGCCAUGCCUCUGCGGUUAUAAAGUUGAUAGAGUAUGAUGCGGAUAUUAAUGUAUGUGACGUUAAUGGACAAACGCCUCUUCUUGUUGCAGUAUCUAAUGGACACGAAGCAGUUGUUACUCAAUUAGUUAAACAUAAUGUAGAUAUUGACACUGCAGAUUGCAGUGGUAAUACACCUUUAUUAUACGCUUCAUGUUUCGGAUAUUUAAGUAUAGCAAAAACUUUGAUAAAUAACCAUGCUAAGUUGAAUGCAUUUUCAAUCAACGGCUGGUAUCCCUUGCAUAUAACAUCAUUAAAUCACCAUGAAAGCAUAGUUAAGCUACUGUUAGAAAACAAAGCAAAUGUAAAUAUAUGUGGACGAAAUGGUGACACUCCUUUAAUUAUUUCAUCUCGAAAGGGAUUCUCGGAGAUAACAGAAAUUUUACUUCAGUACAAUGCUGACAUCAAUGCUGUCAACGAAAAUGAACAUACAGCAUUGACUCUGGCUUCAGCGGAAGGACAUUUAGAAAUAGUGCAUCUAAUGCUGAAUGUCUUAAAUCAAACGAAUAGAAUUCAUCUCGUUAAUGAAAAACACGUAUCGUCUCUUUUCCUAGCAUCCGCAAAUGGACAUUUAACGGUUUUGGCAGAAUUGAUAAAGUUCAAAGCAAACAUAAACCAAAGGACAGAAAAUGGAGACACUCCUUUAAUUAUCUCUUCUUACAACCAACAUUAUGAAGUAGUGGACUAUUUAUUGCAGGAAGGUGCUGACGUUAACUUAUACCAGCGUGGUGGUAUGACGGCUCUCUUUUUUGCAGCAAAAAAUGGAAAUGAGGAGAUUCUUAAACUUCUCUUAGAGAAUAAAGCUGAUGUUAGCAUAUGUGACAUUUUCGAAAAUUCUUCUUUACAUUCAGCAACAGAAUAUGGACAUUUGAACAUUAUCAAAUGCCUUAUGAAGCACGGAGCAGAUCCGAACCGUCGAAACAAAGAUGGCAGAAAUGUUCUGCAUAUAGCGGCUUGUUAUGGACAAGAACAUAUUGUAUCCUUUUUUCUAUCAAAAAGGUAUUAUUCUGAUGCUGAAGAUAAUCAUGGAUUCACAGCUUUUUCUUUAGCUGCAACUUCUGGCCACACAAUAAUAGUAAAACAACUGUUAAAAUACGUUGCCGACAUUGAUAAAGUAGGCACCUCAAGAAAACUGUAUUGA